AGAAACGCUGCUGCUGAAAGGACAAGCUGGCAGGAUCAUGACAGAGCCAAGCAGCAGAAAGGAAGGAUUUAAAAAAUGCCGGAGUGCUACUUUCAGCAUUGAUGGCUAUAGCUUUACAAUUGUUGCAAACGAGACAGGUGACAAAAAUGCACGACCACUUUCACGAUUUGCCCGAUCUAAAUCACAAAACUGCCUGUGGAACACCAUUAUUGGUGGAUUGACUGGCAAUCUCAAAGAAAGGCCAAAGCCAACCAUCAUCAAUGAUCCCAGACCUCCUGAGGAAAUCUUGGCAGAAGAACUACCACCUGUGGACAGUCCUGAAGCACUGGUGAAAACAUCUUUCAGGUUGCGGUCUUUGGUAAAGCAGUUAGAGAGAGGAGAGGCUUCGGUUGUAGACCUAAAGAAGAAUUUGGAAUAUGCUGCUACUGUUCUUGAAUCAGUAUACAUUGAUGAAACUAGGCGUUUACUGGACACAGAAGAUGAGCUCAGUGACAUCCAGUCAGACUCUGUGCCCUCUGAGGUCCGGGACUGGUUGGCUUCUACCUUCACGCGGCAAAUGGGGAUGAUGCUCAAAAGGACUGAGGAAAAACCUCGGUUCAGGAGUAUUGUCCAUGCAGUACAAGCUGGGAUAUUUGUGGAAAGAAUGUACAGACGGACUUCAAAUAUGGUCGGCUUGAGCUACCCACCAGCUGUAAUUGGAGUGCUAAAGAAUGUAGACAAGUGGUCCUUUGAUGUAUUUGCACUAAAUGAUGCCAGUGGGGAUCAUGCACUGAAAUUCAUUUUCUAUGAACUUCUCACACGCUACGAUCUGAUCAACCGUUUCAAGAUCCCCAUUUCUGCACUGGUCUCCUUUGUGGAAGCUCUGGAGGUUGGGUACAGCAAACACAAAAAUCCUUAUCACAACCUAAUGCAUGCCGCAGAUGUGACACAGACGGUCCAUUACCUCCUAUUUAAGACAGGCGUAGCGCACUGGCUGACAGAGCUGGAGAUCUUUGCUAUGAUCUUCGCAGCUGCCAUCCACGACUAUGAACACACUGGAACCACCAACAACUUUCACAUCCAGACACGGUCAGAUUCAGCCAUUCUAUAUAAUGAUCGUUCUGUGCUUGAAAAUCACCACGUUAGUGCAGCGUAUCGUCUUUUGCAAGAUGAUGAAGAGAUGAAUAUUUUAUCUAACCUCUCAAAGGAUGACUGGAGGGAAUUCAGAGCACUAGUGAUUGAGAUGGUGUUGGCCACUGAUAUGUCCUGUCACUUCCAGCAAAUCAAAGCCAUGAAGAAUGCUUUGCAGCAGCCAGAAGGAAUUGACAAGCCGAAAGCCUUAUCACUGUUGUUGCAUACAGCAGAUAUCAGUCAUCCAGCCAAGGCCUGGGACCUCCAUCAUCGCUGGACCAUGUCUCUGCUGGAGGAGUUCUUCAGACAGGGUGACAAAGAAGCAGAACUAGGGCUUCCCUUUUCUCCACUGUGUGACCGCAAGUCUACUAUGGUUGCUCAGUCUCAAAUAGGUUUCAUCGAUUUCAUUGUGGAACCCACUUUUACUGUGCUGACUGACAUGACUGAGAAGAUUGUAACGCCGCUCAUCGAUGAAGCUUCCCGCUCCGGCUUGUCGGGGUUCAGGCGGUCCAGUCUGAACAGCAUUAGUCCCUCAGAAGUUAAAAGAUCAAGUGUCAAGAGCACUGGGUCAGAAGGAAGUGCCUCACUCAACUGCUCCAUACUCACUGUGGACUUCAAAUGUUUUAAAGCCACCUGGACUGAGGUGGUACAGCAGAAUCGGGAGAAAUGGAAAGCACAAGCCACCAAAGAAGAAAAAGCUAAGAAAGAAGCAGAGGAAAAUGCUCACCAGGGAACAGAAGAAAAGAAAACAGAAGAAAAAGAUGAGAAGAAGCCAGCAGAAGAUGCAGCAGCAGCAAAAACAGAAAAUAGCAAAGAACCAAAUGUUGGAGAAAACCAAAGUGCGGAUUCCAAUCAGAAUCAUGUGAACGGGACUCAACAAACUGGGGUGAGCAAACAUGAAGCCUCUCAAGGGAAAAAUGCAUCUAGAACAGAUAAAGGAGUGGACUCUCAUCAAGCAAUGGGAGAAGAGAAACAGCAUAUCCAGAAUGGUGAAUUAAAGGAAGACGAUAAGUCAGACAAAAAGGAUCAAUCUAUUGUGGGAAAUGAAUCAAAGAAAACAGAUGAUACAGAAGAGUAAAAAUAUAUAUAUAUAUAAAAAGAGACUGCAAAUUUCUUUCAUCAUUUUAGCUGAGCUUCUUCAUUCCUGUUCUCCUCCUUCCGCAAAGACCAGUUUCUGGGGAAGGCGUUAAACAACUUUCAAAACACUCCUCCUCCCACUGGCUACUUCACAAUUAAUGACUCUGGGUUCUAGGGUGGGGGCCUUGUUUGGGGGGUUGAUUUUAUUUUUAUUUGUUUGUUUGUGUGUGUGUAUGUGCAUCUUUUGUUGUUUUGGGGAAAUUUUUGUUAAAAAGAAUCUGGUGGUUUCCUGAUGCAAAUGGUUCCAUUUUCUGGACAGGUCAAGCAAAUAGAUGAAAGUCGUCUUCAAAAGUCAGUAUUACCCUUUGCUGUGCUUCAGCCUGUGAAACCCACAUUAGGAUGAUGCAAAAGAAUAUCAAAAAUCGUGGGAAGAAGCUUGAUAAUACUUCACUUCUUUUUUUUUUUUCUUUUUCCCAAGAGUGUUUCCAACAGCCGGUAGACAGAGAAUUUGACUUAAGUUUUACCCUAACUAUAGAAGAUUUCGUGCAUAUGAAUGGUGAAUCUGUAGCAUUAACUGACCAUUUUUUAGGAUGUGAUGCUUUUCCUGUGUGAUACAAUGAUAGCAAAAUGGUUUUGUUUCUAAAAUGCUUUUGCGUUUUUGCAGUUAGGAAAGAAGGAUCAACAGAAGUGGUAUUCCCUUGGGGCAAAUUUUGUUGUCAGACUCCGAGUGCAUGUACUUCUUGAAGUGUCUGCUUUAACUAGAGAUUACAAGUAAUGAGCUAUUUCCCAACAUUUGUUCAUGGGCUUCUUGUGACCACUCUUUGUCUGACCUGAAGAUCUAGGAAAAGAGGGCAGCAGGGAAUCACACAGAUUGAUUCCUACUUUCAUCUCAGUGUGACAUUUCUUUCAUAACUGAUUGGAUGGACAGGUUAAAGGAAAGGAAAAGCAUUGAUGGAGAAGUGUGGAUAGAGAACAACAAAAUGUGUCCUAAAUACAUUACUGGAAGUCAAUAGAUAUAAACUGUGACAUCCAGUGGAGCUAAACAUAUGGAAAGAAGCCAUAAUUUUGGCCCCUUUUAAAGAGGAAGUGUUAAAAAUACCUCCUUCAGGCCUUGAUUCAGGAAAGUGUCUUUUUAAGGAUGUUGAUCAUUUAUGUAAGUGCUUUUCUGGCUUGGGAUCUUGGUAGGGGUGCAGUUUAUUUUAAAUGAUUUUACUUAUCUGUGUGGAAAUCAAGACAUGCAUAUAUACUCAUACACUAGUUUUCUGCCUGACUCCCUUUUCAUUCAGGAUGCAGUCUUGCUGUGCUAUGUAUUUUAUGAGGAGUUGGACUGCUGUCAUGGCUCUUUGCUAUGUAGAGAACAUUCAAAACAUUGGCUUAGGACGGUAACUCAUUUUCGUGUUCAAAAGCACAGGACUUUACCACCAGCCUAUAUUAGAGCUGGAGUCUGUGUUCCUGCUUAAACUGUGCAUGUACAGGGAUGAACUUCACAUAACACUAGCAGAAGUCACAGCAGUGAGCUCAGCCUAUAUUCACAUUUAAACAUGAAUACUUUCUCACUCAGGAGUGUUUGUAUCUGGGAUUUUGAUUAUUGCAGCUAGAGACAUUUUGAGUUCUUUUUUUUUGGACACCAAAGUUGGGGUUUGUUCAAAGCCAGAGAUUUAGAUUAAGUUCAUGCUAUGAAAAGGUUGCACUUAAUUCCGUAUUUCCAGAGGGAAGACAUACGAAAAUAGCUCUUGCAGUUCUCAGAACUCACAGUUAGCUUUGCUGUACUGGCUCAUUUAAGUAAAAUAAAUACAAAGGCACGGAGUGUUCCCGUUCGUGAGCUCCUGGUUUGGUAGUAGUUCUGUGUGCGCAUCCUGGGGUGGACUUACUGAGGAGAGAAGGGGUGCUGAGAGGACAGUGGCCCCACAGGCAGUGCAGAGUGUGCUCCCUGUCAUGCAAUGGGGAAAGGGCUAUGUCAUCCCACAGCGCUUUCCCACCUCCCCUUUCCACUUACAGCUAGCAUUCAGCCCUGGUAGGAGCGGUAGAAUACGAGAUCCAGCCUUGGCUAAGCUCUUUAAUGGGACAUUGAUGACAUAUCAUUAAUACAGAACUAAAUAUCCCACCGAUGACUCAGUCCCAGAAGUGAGAAGGAACAUAUCCUGAUUAAGAGUUUGGUCAGUGAAGCAGAAUUUAGUCAAUAUUUUUUAGUUACCCUUAUGUAAUGUACCAUGAUUAAAAUACCUUAGGUCGUGCAGACUGGAAUAAUUUAAAAAUGAAAAUCUUUUUGUUCAUCUACUUCUGAUACUUGUUUUCUUUCUUUCUGGGACUGACUCCUUUCAGAUAGUGAAGCAGGGCUGCUUUAUUCACACCUGGUCAGUCCUUGCUUCUCGUGCACUGGUACAAAGGUGGGAAAUCAGCCUGGAAAAAACUUUUCCUUGACUGUCAAGGGUAUUCACCACUGGCAGAAACUAACAAGGAAAUUGGUGGAUUUGCCAUCUCUUGAUGCUGCAGAUCCAAACUGGAUGCUGUUCUGGAAGAGAUGCUCUAGUCACAGAAGUUACUGAUCUCAGCACAAAGGUAUGCAGUAAAAUGUUUUGCAAUAUAUAGGUGGGCAGAUCUAGCUCUAAGAUUUUCCUACUCUCUUUAAAGUGUCUGAGUAUGGUACAGUGGUACUGCAUUUUUUUUAAUAAUUUUUUUAUUAUCACUUAAAAAAACAUCCCCAUGAAAUCUCUUCUGUUUUGGAACUACAUAAAGUGAAAGUGAAGUGUAGAAAUUAAGAUCCUACAAAGAGAUUAGGCCAGAUGGAAUAAUCUGUCAUGGAGUCUCUUCCUGGGAUCACAUCUACAUUACUGUACUCUGAUUAUCUGCUUCCCUGGAGCACUCUGCAGCACUGUGCUAGUGCAUUGUGAGCCAAGGAAUGGUAUGUUUAGACACCUCCCAGCUAAACUAGAGAUCAGCCACUGUGCAAUUGUGUAAAAAAAUAAUAAAAGUUAAAAAAAUACAGAAUGACUUUCUCUUAUUUUAUUCCACCAAAGAAAAAAAAAAGAAAAAAAGAGAGAAGGAUUAGGUCCAUAUCAGGUAAUAGCAUGACCUCUAUUUAUAAAGAGUGAGAAAGGAUUUCUGCUGUUACAUCCUUACCUAACUUUUCCCUGGAUGUAUGGAAACUGUGUUUUCAGAGGCCUUCCUUUUCCACCAUCUGUAAGACUGUACAAGUAAGGAAUAAGCCAGAAAAACUGAAAAUAUAGGGCUAAUAAUGCUGAUCUCAUGCUGAAAUGCAGUAGAUUUAUUUGGGAAUGCCUGCAAAUAGGCAUCACAGGAUCUUGUGGGGUCAAAGAGGACUCGCCUUAUGGAGGGAGGAAUGGACAGGGAAGUUGUGUGCCACUAAGAAGGCCUCUGUGAGGGAAAUGAAUAUAUUCUCCAAAAGCUUUGCCUUCCUGGAUGAGCACCAGAGAUUUUUUAACCCCCAGAAUCUGUUGUCUAAUGUAGGAGGGAGAAUCCAGACAUUUUACCCCCUUAAAAUAGGGAGCACUAUCACUGGAAGUAUCUCUGCCAAUGUUUUCUCCUUUAACUGGAACUAGUCUUGAGGGAAUUGGCAGACCUCUCUCUCGUGGUGACUUAGCACUUCAGCUCCUGACUACACAAUAAUUAAAAAAAAAAAAAAAAGCAAUAUGUCGUUAUCCUGGUCAUUACUCAAAUGACUCAAAGGGUAACAGUUCUCUGGUCUGCACUCAAGCAGUGAUUUAAAGUAUAUUUCUGUGACAACAGUCAAAAAGUGUUCACACACGUGAAAAGAGAGAAUUAUUUUAAGCUUUUUAGAUAUAAUGGCUGUGGUGCACCCUUUCAAAAUGAUAGGAUCAAGUACUUACGGCCAGUGGCUUUUCUUGCAAGCUACGCAACUUCUUUUGCCUAAGUCAAUAUAGGCAAAUAUAGUCAAAUUUCUGUGUUUCCUUACAAAAAGGUGAUGGAUAUCACCGUUGCUUUCCAUGUUAGAGAAGAAGGAUAGUUGCCAUAAAUCAACUUUUUUGCUGCAGAGGCGGUAAAUAAGUAGGAGAUUAAAAAAAAAAAGCUUUGCUAUUUUAGGCUUAAAAUGUACUUCAAAGUAGUCAAUCUAAGUAGACUGAUGCUUACCUAAAAGUGCAACCUUUUAUGUAGCUUCAGCUGGUAUAUUUUCAUACAGUAGGAUGUAUAGUAGCAAAACAAAUCUGGAAUUUGGGGGUCUGGUUCCUCACUGGUGAACGGAAGAGGCAGAUUCCUCUUCCUCACUGCUUUGUUUCUUAAACAUAAGUUUGUGGCUGGAAAGAAAUUUUCCAAAAUGUAGUUGCUUAUGUCAGAGAAAAAUGGUUUUACAACAUAUCCUUUGAAUAUACAGUGUUUGAAUAUGCACACACUAAGGUCACACGUGCUCAAUCUGGCGGCAAAAACAGUUUGCACUAGACAGAUUUUAGUACGGUAGAGAAAGCUGCUUUGUAAUCAGAAGAUCCGUGAGCUCACCUAGUUAAAGGGAACAGCAAACACAUUCAUUGUUAGUCUCUGCGGCUUCUACGGUGGAUCUCUGACCUAGUUUUUAAUUAAAAGACACAAUAAUCCAUUCAGAUUAGAAAUGAUGAAAACUGACUAGGACAGUACUUUUAUGGCCUUGGCUGGAAUCAACUAGUUUAUCUCCAGGAGCUCAUGAGAUGUUCUUAAAUGUUCCUUAUUGGAUCAUUUUUCCUCAUAGAUCAUUUUGUAAAGAAACUUAUCCUCUGGUGAUCUAUACUGAUCUAUACUUUGCCAUUUAUUCUCAACAAAGGACAGCACAAUCAAAUAAUCAAAUCCUUUUUUUUUUUUUUGCUUUCUUUUCAUCUAUCACCUCAUCCAAUAAUUAAAAGGGAAGAAUGACCCUGUACUUUCCCAUGUCUUGAACCAGUGCUGAUCUCAGAGGUGUGCUGGUGUGAUGCCUGAAAGCCAGCAUGCAAAUCUGGUAACACCCUUGCUGUUGCUGUUAAAAGUCUUGAUUAUAUUAUUUAGACUCCAUGCAAAUUGCUGGGGAGAGCAGCUGCGGCUGCUGGCCAGGUAGAAAGGAGAACAGAAUAAAUAGGCUUUCAUGUUGUUAAAGCACAAAUUCUGCUCUCACUGAGGAUGGUGAAGAAGCUUAUCCCACAGCACGAGCAGGUCUGCCUCAGUCUCAGUUUAACAUCAGGUGUAUGUCCUACUCUGAUCCUCAGCCUGCUUCGACAGGCAGGUGAGUUCUGUAGUCCCAAGCACCCCUUUUCCUACCUGAUUACUGUGGUCAAAGAAUAAGCAUCGCACCUGACCGCUGCUGCUGACACUUUUCUGUUAAAAUGAAACAUGAUCCAUGCCUUUCUGUUUGCUGCGUCCAUCUUUUCUCCUUGUGUUUUGAUUUCCCUUUUUUCCUGUGCAAACAUAGAGAUUUCUCAUCUGUACCCCAGCACAGCUGUGACGCACAUUAUCAGCCUCUCUUAGAGGCAUGAGCUCUCUGCUCUGCGGACUUGAGCAGAGGGUGGAAAAAAUGGAGCUACUUCCAGGCAAACUGGCUCAGGACUCGAAGCAAUGACGGUCUUCCAGUCCAGAGCCCGGUCUUAGCUAAUUUGGUUUAAUAUCUAAACACACAACAACACUCCAUCACCAGCCUCUUGGCACAUCAUUGUUGGCAUUUUGCAUUCCUUUGAUUGCUUCCCAGUGCACGUGUACAGGUUGUUGUGUUUUCGUAAUCCCUCGGUUUUAGAAGCUAUCCAGUGGUAGGAGGAAUAUAUGUAAUGCCAUUGUCUCUGCUGGUGGUUGUAGGAGUACAUAUAUCAAGCAAAAUUACUCAUGGCCAUGAGGUUUUCUAGUGAUAAAACCUGGGUGUAGAAUGGCAGAGUGGGCAUUUUCCUUUUCUUCUUGCUUGGAUGAUAUUUUUAUACAAUUUUAUAUGCAAUUUUUUUAAAUAUUUGCUAUUUUUAUUGUAGGGUUCUGGUUGAGGUUUUACCAGAACUUCUGGUUGUCUACAGGCCCAGAUUCUCACAGGAAUAUUUUUCCUCCCUUUCCUCCCCCCUCCCCCCCCUUCUUCUCCUAUAGGUGAAAGCCAUUGCAUUUGCAACAUCAGCUUACAGCAAAAUAACACCUAGGGCCUGAUCAGUCUUUUAGUUGCACUGAAAUUGAAGGAAGUUGCAUGCAAAGUCCUGCUAGUCCCGCUGCAGCAUCUGGGGCCAAAGGCUAAAUACCUGAAAUACAUGCAUCUUGUUAAAUGCGGGGCAGUUCUGUAUAAAGCCAAUGCAUCAAGGUAGUGCUGUCUUCCUUUGCUGUGGUAGGAGCUGCUUCCACCACAAUAUGUUUAAAUAAGAAAAUCUCUCUCUGUGACUAUAAUGCUACUUUUUGCAGCCACUUCAAUGAGUAGGCACUUUAAUAAAGGCAUAUGUUGGUGCACUGGCUACCUUCAGCAGGGAGGAAGGGUGAACAUUAUGUCUUAUCUGUGUCAGUAGAUUUCACUGCUCUUUGCUCAAACAUAUAGUGACAGGUCCUAAUGACGCUAAGGAAUGUUAAAUCUAUUCUUAAGGGGGAUAAGGGGAAAUGAACCAAAUUCAAGGAUCUUGGUCUUGUAAAAUAACCUUUUCUCAGCUGGCAUUCUGCAGGGAAAUCUAUGUAUGAAGUUGAACAUAAACUUUAGAGUAUGUUUGUAUUAGCAGAGCUGAUAAUGGAAAUGUCUUUCUUGAACUGAAGUAAACAAUAUACACCUGUUCUCUAACAUUUUUCAUGGAAGCAAGAGGCAGGUUAUUGUACUAUUUUGCGCCAGAGGAUGGAAAACAAAUAAAAAUCCAUUUUAAAAGCAAAAUUCAAUGCAAGUUUGCUCUUGGGACUGGAUGGGUAAGGUAUCCAAAAAACCUAUUUAGUUUGUAAAGACUCAUUAAGGAAAAAAAAAUGUAAAACUGAUAUGAAUCUUGCCAUGUAAUGCCAAGUAUUCUCAACUAUUCUGAGAAUAAUUUUAAACAAUAUGUAUUUAUUAGUUCCUUAUUUGAAAGAAGAGGCUUGUGGUCUCUAAAUGUAUAAAACAUUUUUCAGCAUUCCAGUCUUUCUGUAACUGAGUCCAUGUAUGUUCAUCUUAUUACCAAAUAAAAACAAUGAGGUCUCUGCUUAA